AUCAUCUUAAUUAUUUGUAAUAAUAAGAAUCCCCUGAAGAAACAACUCUUAUCAAAUCCUCUCCAUGGCUCAAUCUCCUCAAAAAUGUUUCGUAGAAGAUCGUCAAGUUCCGCUCGAUGCUACCUCUGAUCCACCUGCUCUGUUCGACGGAACCACAAGGUUGUACAUAAGCUACACCUGCCCAUUUGCACAACGUGUUUGGAUUACCAGAAACCUCAAGGGUCUGCAAGAGGAGAUCAAAUUAGUUCCUAUAGACCUUCCUAAUAGGCCAGCUUGGUACAAGGAGAAAGUGAAUCCUGCAAACAAGGUUCCUGCCCUCGAACACAAUGGAAAAAUCAUUGUGGAGAGUCUUGAUUUAAUCAAAUAUGUCGAUAUAAAUUUCGAUGGACCUUCACUUUACCCCGAGGAUUCUGCAAAGAGAGAGUUUGGUGAAGACUUGUUGAAAUAUGUUGAUGCAACAUUUGUAAAAACUGUGUUUGUCUCUUUCAAAGGUGACCCGGUUAAAGAAACAGCAUCGGUCUUCGAUCACGUGGAAAAUGCUUUGAAGAAGUUUGAUGAUGGUCCGUUCUUCCUCGGCGAGCUUAGUUUGGUUGAUAUCGCAUAUAUCCCAUUUAUCGAACGCUUUCAAGUCUUCCUCGACGAAGUUUUUAAAUAUGAAAUUAUAAUCGGACGUCCAAAUCUAGCUGCUUGGAUUGAGAACAUGAACAAGAUGGUUGCAUAUACGCAGACAAAAACCGACUCAGACUAUAUCGUCAAUUAUUUCAAGAAGUUCAUGUAAAAAUAACAAAUCUGUUGGACUGAGUCGUUGGUAUCGAUGCCAACAGGCUUACGAAAAAGAAAGACUACUACUGCUUGAGAGUGUUAUAAAUUACUGGAUUUGGUAUUGUAGUUUGUUAAAUAAGAAAACUUUGGUAUUGUU